AUGGCCAGCUCCAAGCUAGGCCUCUUGCUGCUGCUGCUGCUGCCGCCGCCCACCCAACCAGGACCCUCAAAGACUCAGCACUGGUCCCACAACUGGUACAGUGGAGGAAAGUGAGCCUCCAGCUCAUCCCUGCACUGCCAGCAUGCCCCAAGGCCCCCAGUGAGGGCAGUUUGCAGCCUCUACUAUCUUUUGAGGAAGGAUUCUGGGCACUGCAGCAAGCGGCCCAGACCAGACUGCCAUAGUCUCCAAAGCAAUGCCCUGGCUCUCCCCACACACACACACACACUCCAGGUGGAAAGUGUGCCCUGGGAGGGCAGGACCAUAGGCCAGGAGACCCUCCAUACGAAGCAGUACCUGGUGCAGACACUGCUGGAGGUGAAGGACUCCCUGGAUCCUCUAGGCUAG